AUGUUAUCUCAGGCAUACAAGUCGGUUGCGCCCGUACCAGGCUGCGAGCCGCUCUCCCAGCCGCUCUUAGCCGCCGGUGGGCCGCCGCCGGCUAUUGAGUGGCUUGCCGAUGCAGCCACUGGCGGCCCGUUGGCGGCCCGAUUAUAUACCGGACGAUCCCGAAUCAGGUAUAUCGCACCUUUAUGCUAUGUGUUACGCUAUUUGCAUCCAUAUUCCGGAUUCGCUAUCAACCCGAGAUGUGCUUUGAUAUUUUAG